UUUGCAUUCCCCAUCCUUGAUAUUUUUAUUUUGAAAGCUAAUAAUCCGGUUAGAGGUCAACUAUUGUCUCAUGUUCCCCAAACCUCGGCUCCUUUCACACUUCACUAACCCGCUGUCAGGCCGCUCGGAAAAGCUGCUUGACACAACGCCUAUAUCCAACCCUACUUCCAGGACUGCUGCUAGCUGAGGUUUCUUGCCCCCCAUUUAUUGAAGCAUUCAAUUCCCUCCUCCUCCACAAGCAUUCUUUUUGUUUCUUUCACACCCAAAAAACAAAAACAAAGCUUGGAGCCUUUUCGGGCCAGAAAGCACAAACAACAUACUGUCCUCGACCUUCUUCCAUCUUCUUCAUUUUUGUAGUUAGAACACGAAAAUGAUAUCAAUUUCAGACCUUUACCAUGUUCUCACGGCGGUGGUUCCCCUGUACGUGGCCAUGAUCCUGGCCUACGGGUCAGUGAAAUGGUGGAAAAUCUUCACCCCCGGCCAGUGCUCCGGCAUCAACAGAUUCGUCGCCCUCUUCGCCGUCCCUCUCCUUUCUUUCAAGUUCAUCUCCUCCAACAACCCGUACGCCAUGAACUACAGGUUCAUAGCUGCUGACACUCUCCAGAAACUCAUAGUCCUCUGUAUUCUCCUCGUAUGGUCCUGGACCAGCAAGAAUGGGUCCCUGGAGUGGGCCAUCACCAUUUUCUCUGUCUCCACACUCCCUAACACGCUGGUUAUGGGUAUCCCUCUGUUGAAGGGCAUGUAUGGGGACUCUUCUGGGACAUUAAUGGUCCAAAUCGUGGUUCUACAGUGCAUCAUCUGGUAUACUCUGCUUCUUUUCCUGUUUGAGUUUAGAGGCGCCAGGUUGCUUAUUGCGGAGCAGUUCCCUGACAAUGCCGGCUCUAUUGUCUCUUUCAAAGUGGACUCUGACGUCAUCUCUCUGGACGGGAAGGAGCCAUUGGAGACCCAAGCUGAGGUCGGGGAAGACGGGAUGCUCCAUGUGACUGUCCGGAAAUCGAACAGCUCAAGAUCUGAGAUUUUCUCCCGGAGAUCCCACGGCCACUAUAACAACAACUCCGCCGGGCUUUCUUUCACACCCAGAGUUUCAAACCUCUCUAAUGCCGAGAUUUACUCUCUGCAAUCUUCCCGGAACCCGACCCCGAGAGGGUCGAGUUUUAACCAUACGGAUUUUUACUCUAUGGUUAAUGGGAAGAAUGCGAAUCUUAGUCCGCGGCGGUCUAACUCUGGGUUCGAUGAGGAGAGCGGGGCAGGGAAAGGGAAUGCGGGGUUCCCUGCUCCGGCUUCCACCGGAAUAUUCUCUCCGAUGACCGGGAACGCGGGGACGAAGAAGAAAGCCGACGGUGCUGGGAAAGAUCUUCAUAUGUUUGUUUGGAGCUCAGCUGGUUCUCCAGUUUCUGGACAUGACAUCCCCGUUGGUCCUAAUCUUAAAGAUUAUGAGGAAUUUGGGCAAAAUGGAAAUGAGCAUGAAGGGCCUGUGCUGUCAAAGAUUGGGUCAAGCUCAACUACAGAGCUAAACUCAAAGGUUGUACCAGAGACCAAGCCUACAGCCAUGCCUCCUGCCAGUGUCCUGACCAAACUCAUUCUCAUUAUGGUUUGGCGGAAGCUUAUUAGGAAUCCUAAUACUUACUCCAGCCUCAUUGGCAUCAUCUGGUCUUUGAUUGCUUGCAAGUGGAAUGUACACAUGCCUGAAAUAGUGAAGCAGUCAAUAGCUAUUCUAUCGAACGCUGGUCUUGGAAUGGCAAUGUUUAGUCUUGGGUUGUUCAUGGCAUUGCAGCCAAAAAUGAUUGCUUGUGGGAAAACAGUGGCUAGCUUCUCCAUGGCUGUAAGGUUCGUAUUUGGACCGGCGGUAAUGGCUGCUUCAUCCUUUGCAGUUGGCCUAAGGGGUGUCCUUCUCCACAUUGCAAUUGUUCAGGCAUCUCUUCCCCAAGGAAUUGUUCCCUUUGUCUUUGCUAAGGAGUAUAAUGUCCAUCCUGAUAUCCUGAGCACUGGGGUAAUAUUCGGGAUGCUGAUAGCUCUGCCCAUCACACUUGUCUACUACAUCUUGUUGGGCCUUUGAAGAUGAUGAUGGUGAAGAAAAAGCUUCUAAUUUAAAAAGAUUUUUUUGGGUCUUGGAAGAAUUAUUAUAUUUAUGCAUGCGAGAAGAAAAAGGUGGAAAGAGUAGUAAGUAGGUAGACAAGACAUCUUCUAAAUAGAGCAGUUGUAGAGGGAUUUUAAAAAAAGGUGGAAGAAUGAUCAUUGGGCAUGCAGCCAGCUAGUAGAAUAUUUUGUUGCUUUUUCUCUUUCUCCUGUGCCAUCUGUUGUUUUGGUGAACAAAAAAAAAGUGAAGGUUGUAUCUAGUACAGCUUUUCAGAUGCCAUUGUCUUCCUGUCCAAAAAGAUUGAGCCCUCAAAAAACAGAAUCUCUAUGAACAUAAAAAGUUGACCACUUGGUUCAAUGCACUAUGCUCCCUUACACAAAUCAGGUUUAAUGUAUUAUGAUUUAUGAGUAAUAGAUGUGCUUUUAUUUGGUGUGGG